AGCCGAAGGGUGCGACGAGGAAAAACGUCCAUCAUCGAGGAUCCACUUGAAUCGUUUUACCAGGAACUUUAUCUUCUUCGUCGCACAGGUCAGUUCAAACUGAUUUGUUGAUCACAGUCGCUCUCUUUGACGCUUCUACAUUGAUGCAGUUUUCAAGCAGAACGAACAGGAGGAUGCGGCUGUCGACGGUGGUCGAGUUGUUGCUGAUUCUUCUUCUGGUCGCGUUCGCCGCUUACGGCCGAGUGAUCGAACGAGACGAACAUGUGAAAGGGCGAGCGAUCAAAGAAGUCAAUGGAUCGAAGCAAAGUCACCUUGGAAUAUCGACAUUGUCAUUGAAACAGGCAACGGACGAUGUCAAUAGAUAUUGCACCUGUAACGAGAACAUAUGCAACUGCUGCAGAGACUUUCAUAUACCGUUGGUGCAAUUACAGGGACCAGGAUGUGCAUCCUUGCAAUACUUGCAAGAAGAUAAUUUGGCGGUUCAGCUUAGCUUUGGUGACAACAUUUUGACCAGCACCAUUGUAAAUGGAAAGAAUCCAAAGCCCGUAUGCGUCCCGUUACCAGGAGGCUUUACGAAAUUCUGUGGUAGAAUCUAUUCUAUUAAACGAGAUGUUGACAAUCACUUCAAGGCCUGUCUUGGGUUGGAAUUACAAUCAGCGACGGAGCUUGAAGCUAGCUUACGAGUUAGCUGCUUCAGAUUUGGUCCCGAUGGUCUGAAGUUGCGUCCAGCGGAACCUCUCCCGGUCGUCGAAGCCGAAGUCCCGGAGGAAGAGGACGACGACGACUUCUUCGGUCUAGGUUCGGACGACGAAGACGACGAGGAGGAUAACGAGGGAAUCUCACCGUUAGCCAACUCCGUACCGAAUUCUUCGCCUGAAGAAGAGGAAGACGAAGAAGAGGACGAGGAUAUCCUCGGCUUUGGAGCCCUCCUCGAUAUAAUAACUGGCGAGGAUGAAAGUACGACGAAGAAACCUAAAGUGACCACUGCCCCGCCUCUCCUCCAGUUCACAAUUCCUCUUCUAACGAAACCGACGACUGCGCCUUUCAUAGAAUCUUACGAUGCCUCCACGGAAGAAAGUAACGAGGCUGGUGUCAGCAAUUCCGAAGAACAAAACGUAUAUAAUCAAGAAUUGUCUGCUGAAGAAGGAAGCGGCGAGGAAGACUACGAAUCAGCAUCCGUUGAUACGACGGGCAGCGAUGAAAUUGUCACAGAAUCCUCGAACAAGAUUGCUUCCUAUGCAAAACCGGACAAACUACCGACGAAGAAGUUCACGGCACCGGCGGCGAACAAGAAGAAGCCCACCGUAACUAGCAGCAGCAUAAACGCGAUCCAAAGCGGGACGAACGAGAAGAAGAAGCCUCUGAAGAAGAAACCUGUGAAGGGAGACGACGACGACGACGAUGAUGACGAUGAUAUUUUGGGAGACGAUCUGGACGAUGACGACGACGAAGAAGAAGAGCUUCUGGAUGACGAUGACGAGGACGAGAAAUAUAGCGAAGAAGAUGACGACGAGAAAGUCGAAGGGACUGAACACGAGAGUAACGAGGAUGAAGAUGAGAAGACUGAAGUCGAAGAAUUGGACGACGAUGACGAUGAGGAGGAUGCUGUGAUUAGCGCGCUCGUGUACGACGAGAAGGAGGAUGGUAAAAAGAAAGGCAAAGUUAAGAAGCAUACUCAGUCAUCGGAAACGGAAGACGACGAUUUGGAUUACGAAAUGGGUCUUUCUGGACUGCUUGCCAGAAGCAGGCACUCGAAGAGCAGUCGUCAAAGCAAAGUGAUGAGUAUAGAUAUAGGUUUACUAAAUUCGGUGUACUACGAUCCAAAAACCGGCCUCGCACUAAAAGGAGCAAUAGAAACCGAUGCCAAAACUCCACUGGGACAGAUUACGUUCCGAGGUUUAAAUGAAACGUUAUUCAAGAUCGAUCAACAAUCAUGCACAACGCUUACCUACAUACCGGAAGAUUUUGCUAUUAAGACAUCGUUGAGCUUAAACCAGAGGGAACUCGUUUCAAGCACCAUUUUAGGUAAAAAUCCACCACCUUUGUGCGUCCCGGUCCCAAAAUUACCAUUUGUGACCAUCUGCGUUCGUGUCUUCGAUAUCUACACCGUUAGAAAGAAUCUUCACGCUUGCGUCGACGUGGAGACUCGAAUCACCAAUGCACCUAUCUUUGUAUUGCACUUCAAUUGCGUGCAAGUAGGAUUGGAUGGACUCUCGUGGGGAUAUCCUGGUAGCACAAACACCGUGAACAUCGUGCAAAAUCAGUUUCCAAAUAACCAAUCGGAAGUGUACGACGACGUGAACUUCGAACCGGAAGAUCAGGAGUCGCACGAGAACAGUACCUCCUCACAGUCGUCCGAGGAAGAGGACCAAAUUGGGCAAAUUUUAUUCGAAACCUGGAAGCAAAAGGCUUGCGUGGACGUGACGUACGAUCCUGACGAGUUCAGCUUCACCGCGAAAAUCAUGAUGAACGAUAGGGUAUUGUUCACCAGAACGGUGUCUGGAAAAAAUCCCAAGCCAGUAUGCGUGUCGGUGCCACGACUUCAGAUUGUCAAAGCCUGUGCUAGCUUUUACAACAUAUACUUUCUUGGUAGGAAUAUUCACAUGUGUUUAAACAUGGAGGGGAAAUUUCAAGAUAUCACCGUGUUUAAAGUUGGUUUGGACUGCAUCAGAUUCGGUGCUGACGGACUGGCUAUGAUCAAACCGGAAGAUGGAGGUGGACUGGGUCAAAUACAAUUUUUGUCAGGUGAUCUGUCCGACUACUACGAUACUUACUACGACAAGAAGACAAACAAACCAUCGCAGGGGAUUGCUGAUAUCAACGGUGGAAAUGUGAAUAAGAUUAACUUCAAAGGUAUCUCAUGUGGUUGCCAGAACCUAGGUUGCAGUUGCUGCGCAGGAAUCAGGAUAAAGAAGUUCAACUUCGACAAGGAAGCCUGUGCCUCGUUCAACUAUGUGCAACAAACUAAUGCUAUUACUGCGGCAGUGUCCUUAAACCAGAAACAGCUCUUGUCAACUUCCUUCCCAGGUGUCAGAGUAAAGAAGCUUAAGUUUGAUAAGGAAGUUUGUGCCACGAUUAACUAUCUGAAACAAGACCUUGGUAUUGGAUCCUCACUGAAGGUAGACCAAAAACAGAUCUGGACAACUUCCGUUUCAGUGCGAAAUCCACCCGCUGUCUGCGUACCAAUUCCUGACUUCCCCGCUGUGAAACUCUGCCUUCGUUUCCAUGACCUCUACACCACUGGAAAUGGUCUGCACGCUUGCGUCGACUUUGAGACCCACGUGAGCAAACUUCCGUCUCCGGAAAACGAGGUCACACCGAGAUAUCCGUUAACUGACCAGUUGAGUUUCGUUCGUUCGCCAAAGAGCAUCCUAAGAAGAUGUCUUCUCGUUGCAACUGAACCGGUGAUCAUGAGAAUUUUCUGGUGGCUCGUCUUCGCGAUUCUCUGCGUUCAAAGUUCCAUGCAGUGGGUCGACGAGCGAGCCAUCGACUCGGAAGAACAGUCAGACAUUUCUGUGAGCAAGGAUGCGCUGUCCCAAGCGAAGAACAGAGAGUUGAGCUUGAAGAAGUUGCAGCAGUUGCUGAAGCAAGCGACGAAUUCUAGCACGAACGCGACCAGCCAGGUGACCGUCACCAGACAAGGUCCCUGUCAAUGCGGAGGAGGUCUUUGCGGUUGCUGUUCUAGAAUUUUAUUCGACACCUGGAAACAGAAGGCAUGCGUGAACGUGACUUACGAUCCCGACGAAUUUAGCUUCACAGCGAAAAUCUUGAUGAACGAUAGAGUUUUGUAUACGAGAACAAUGUCUGGAAAGAAUCCCAGACCAGUGUGCGUGCCAGUGCCACGACUUCCAAUUAUCAAAGCUUGUGCUCGCUUUUAUGACAUAUACUUCCAAGGCAGAAACGUUCACAUGUGUUUGAACAUGGAGGGGAAGUUCCAAGACACCACUAUAUUCAAGGUUGGUUUGGAUUGCAUCAGAUUCGGCGCUAACGGAUUGGCUCUGGUCAAGCCAGAGGACGGAGGUGGACUAGGUCAAAUAGAAUUUUUGCCAGGUGAUGACGAUGAUGAGGAUGAGGACGAUUAUGAUUACGACGACGACGACGACGAUGACGACGAUUUGCUUGAUUUCUGAGGAAACCUAAGAUUCUAUUUGUAACAAGCGCGAAAAUACUUAACAAGAACGUGUUAUUGUAUGUAUAUACUACAAUUUAGUGAUAGCCAAUGUUAUUUAUUUUCUACUGAAGAAAUUCUUGCAAAGUUUUUAUGGAUACUAGUUUUUAUACGAUAAUUUCAUUUAGAGAUGAAUGUACAUAGCUAAAGGGCAUAAUAUGUGUGCCAGAGGAAGGAAAACGAAUAAAUAGAUGCAAUCAGUA